GGUAAUCUCCCCUCCACUCCUUCCGCUUCCAUUUGCAAUUCACCAAAAUUACAUCAUCCCCUACCAAUUCUAGGACUAUAUAUUAUAUUAUUAUUUCAUGUCUUCUCACAUAUUCCCACACCUUCACUACUUCUACGUGCAACCCACCCCUCAAUUACCAUUCACAACCCCUUGCUUCCUGAGCCACACGUCAUCGCUCGCGCGUGGAGAGCUCUUUGUUCAACGCGCUUUGCAGAAAAUUUGCCCUAGACCACUUCCCUUCUCUAUAUCCACCAUGAACAACCACCGUCAACCACUCCGACCACGGCUGAAUUGCCAUUAAUUUUUUGUAUUAACUCAGAUCUCGUCUUCUCAAUCUGUCAGAUUCUCGAUUUUCUCUUCGCAAGGACUAAAAGAUGGAACCUAUGGAUAUCGUUGGUAAAACAAAGGAAGACGCUUCACUUCCAAAAGCAACUAUGACAAAAAUUAUCAAAGAAAUGUUGCCCCCAGAUGUUCGUGUUGCCCGAGAUACUCAAGAUCUUUUGAUUGAAUGUUGUGUAGAGUUCAUUAAUCUUAUCUCAUCAGAAUCCAAUGAAGUUUGUAAUAGAGAAGAGAAACGAACAAUCGCACCCGAACAUGUACUCAAGGCUUUACAGGUUCUUGGUUUUGGGGAAUAUAUUGAAGAAGUCUAUGCUGCAUAUGAACAACACAAGCUAGAGACCAUGGACACUGUGAGAGCUGGAAAGUGCAGUAAUGGAGCUGAAAUGACUGAAGAAGAAGCAUUAGCUGAGCAACAGAGGAUGUUUGCUGAGGCGCGUGCAAGGAUGAAUGGUGGUGUUACAGGUCCCCCCAAGCAGCAAGAUUCAGAAGCAGAGCAAACCUUGAAUAGCUAACUUUACUUUUUCGUUGUUGUGUAGGAAAAAGACAUCUUUAUUAUGUUUUAGUAGCAGGACCUCUCUUGUAUUGUGUACAAAAAGGCUCCUGGCGCAUGUGUCCGCUUGUGAGGGCUCUAGUUCAGUUUGUACUCAGAUGCAUGUUCAUAUAUUCUGUAAAUUAUUAAGAAUUUGCUUCAGAUUGUCCCCUAAA